CACAGGUCCAGCAGUGCCAGCGCUGUGCCCCUCACUUUCCGUCAGGACUCUGAUGGGACAGCACGCGAGCAGACCUGCGGUGCAAACCGCCCCUCGGGUCAAACCGCAGCGCUUCCUCCCGCCCGUGGCUGCCCAGGCCAUGGCCGGUCCCCAACAGCCCUCAUCCUCUGUGAUGGAGGAGAGAAAGCCCUCCCGCCCUGUGGAGGCCAAGGACGAGGGCAAACCCCCCCAGGAGCCCACUGUUGUGCCGCCUGCUCCCCACUCGGACACCUCUAGGAUGCCCGUGUGUGCCGUGGAGCGUUACGCAAUGGACAACAUUGAGGCCUUUGUCCGGAGAACAGAGCCUCAGAAUGAGGAGCAGAAGAUGAAGUUCCUGCAGAGCAUCCGCACCAUCUGCAACACCACAGCGGAGAGGAACACGUCGCAGGAACUGCGCAUCUUCUGCUGCCGGAACGAUCUUGUGGAGAACAUCACGGCGCUGCUGGCAGAGGAGCCGCAGGAAAAGCUGAGCUCUGAACUGCGGCUGCAAGCGAUAGCCACCAUCACCGCCCUCAGCAAGGUGGAAGGAGCAUUGGAGGAAAAGAUCCCUCUCUUUGUUGUAUGCUUCCAGAGCAUCCUCCUGCUUCCCUCGGAGCAGGACCUGGACACUAAUCUUUACUCCAAGACUCUCAGGGCUCUGGAUGAGAUGCUGGACACAUUGGUGUUCACCCACCCCACCACCAGCAUCGAAGAGGAGUUGAAAAACGUCUUCCAGGUGCUGCUGCCCUUCACCUCCAUGCAGAACUCAGCUGCGCGCCAGAGGGCAGUGGGGCGCAUCUGGAAGCUGAGCCAUUCGCUGGUGCAUUACUGCCAGGAGAGGCCCCAUCACUCCUCGGGACAAUCCAGAUCCAUCUGCUGUGGCGAGUUCCGCCUGCCUGUGCUGGGACAGCUGGUGGGAAGCCUCAUCCUGUGCUGCGCCUUCCAGGAGGACAAAACACAGAGCUGUGCUUUGAACGCUCUCCGUCACCUCUACACAUUUAUCCUGCGGAGAAGCCGCUGGGAAGCGCAGUCGGAUGAGCAGGGGAAACAGGAGCAGUGGGAAGAUGAGCACGAGUUCUCCCUCAGCUGGACUACCAACACCUUGGUCAUUUUGCAGCGCUUUGCAAAGCACUUCCACUCUUGGGAAACGACCGACCUCAUCCUCCUGGCACUGCAGGGAAUGAAGGACUGCAGCAACUACAACACCCAGGUUGCUUCCAUCUUGAUGGCCAUGCUGAUGGUCGACUUCAAGCCUAUGCUCAACGAUGUGCAGCGCAUCGUGACAGCCAUCCACAGGAGUAGGAAGCUGAUCACAGAGGAGAAGGCACUGAGGCACAUCCGUGGUAUCUUCCCCUGGCUGGCCGCCACCAACCCUCAUGCAAUGACACUCAGCCUGCUGCACUGCUCUCCCACCUGCGACAAGGACAUAUGGGAGCUGUGGCAGUUGGCGCUGUCCUCAGUGGACGUGGUACCAAAGAUGGUGCAGGAGCUGCUGCAUCUGCUGGAGAUCACACCGCUGGGCCUGGAGACUGAGAACGGCACCCUUACCCUGGCCGCGGCCACGGCGCUGCAUGAGCUCCUGCAGAACCUGGAGUAUGGCCCGCAGGUGCGACUGCUUUUCCCGGAGCUCUUUGUGGCGCUCAUCAUCCAGUUGGUGUCCUCCGAGGAGCUCGGUCCUCUGGAGGCCGCCACCAUCAGGGAGGAGCCAUUCCGCCCAAGUGCACCUACCUCCGCCAUCAGGAUGGUGGUGGAGGCGGUGUGCCUUUUGCUGCGGUGCACUGAGAUGGACAACCUGGUGUUCUUCAUGGAGAUCCACGACCUGUGGUCGCAGCUGCUGGGCGCUGCCACGUGGCGGAAUGGCCUGCACUCCCUCGCCAAGGUGAUGCUGAGGAACUGCCAGGGUCAGUGCAGACGCAUCUUCAUCCACCUGCAGAAGCUGCUGCAGCACCACCAGCUGCAGUGGAGGGAGGUCCCGGCCAUGGUGCUCUACUUCGAGAUGUGGAGCUGCCAGGGGCACCGGGAGGAUGACGCCUGCACAGAGAAGAUCUUCAGGAAAUAUAUCCACAGCGAAUGGCCAGAGAGCAGAGAGCUGGCGCUGCGUGGGCUGCAGAACCUUUAUGCCAGGAGGAUGCAGCUUCUGCUGCCCGACGUGCUGCUGUGGCUGCAUGACAUGCGGACUGACAUCAAACUGCAGGCCGUGUGUCUGCUGCGGGGCAUCCUGGCACAGCACCCUGCCAGCAUCCAAGGUGUGCUUGGCCAGCUGGCUGUGCAGCUGCUGUCCUGCUUCAACAAGGACAAUGCGGAGCUGCGCAGGCGCUCCAUGGAGCUCUUUGCACUGCUGCUGGAGGCGCCAGACAGGAAGCAGCUGCUGCCACAGGCGGAGAGGAGUCUGCUGCCGCUCUUCAUUCAUAUGAAUGAGGACAUCCCCAGCGUGGCCCAGGCUGCUCGGAAUGCUCUGAUCCAUGCCGCCAAGCUCCUGGGCUGGCAGCAACUGCAACGCUUGGCCAGCUCGGCGCAGGUCUGGAUGAUCGCUGACUGCCUGCUUCAGAAGAGGGGCAGAGUUGCGGAGCAGUACCUGAAGGAGGCCAUGCUGCACCUGCACAGCCCCCAGGCACCUGUGAGGGAGGUGGCCGUGCGCUUCCUGGGGAUGCUGGGGCGGCAGCUGAGGAAUGAGAACCAGGAGAUGGUGUUGGACAUCCGUAAAGCCCUGCAGGGUGCCAAGGGGGACAGUGAGCCGGCCGUGCGCUGCCUGGUGCAGCAGACACUGCUGAUCCUCUGCCAGAUGGAAGAUGUGCCGCCCACCAGGCCUAGGGGCAGAGCGUCACGCCAGUGGUUCCGGAGGGUGUGGAGGAAGUAGUGCCAGUCCAAAGUGUUUGGAGACGUUCGCAUUCUGCUCCUCACUGCCACACUAAUGACAACCCUAAGAGCAACCACAGCUCUCGGGUGCUUUGGGACACGCCUGAGCACCCCUGCAUGUCACUGGCCAGCAGGUUCACAGUCAGUCUUCUCUGACGAGAUCUCUCCUUCCCAAUUCCAGAGGAAUUUCCUCAAUUGCCACCCCUCCCCAGCUGGAUCCAUGUCACCUUUCUGGUGGAAAAACAGCCCGAGAAGAGAACAAGCGAUGUCAAGAAGAAGACCAGGUGAGACUGCAGGCUCAGGGUUGGGAUCUGCAUGGGGUGUUUCCCUGACCCGACGAGAGCCCAUUGCCCAACACCAGGCAGUCACUGUUCAGGGCUGCCCAGCGGCGCUGAAUGCAGCACAUGGAGGGGUGGCAAGGGGCUGCCAGGAGCCCCCAUUUCACACGGCCGGCCCCUCUCCAGCCCUCAGGAAAGCACCAGCACAACCCGAGAGCUGUGUGUGGGGAAGGCUGCAUUGCAGCCAAGGAUCCUGGCUCGGGGUUGCAGGAUACGGCCCCAAAGCCAUCAGCCACUCAUCAGGCAGACCCCUUCACUGUAUCCUUUCAGUCAGCUGCCAGCGGUCCCAGGGGCAUCUUCUGCCAAAAAGCAGCCUCAGAAAAAAAAAAAGGAAAAUGCUCUAGCAAAAGCAAAGCAACAGAGAUGGAUCCAGCACAGGCAGCGCAACCUCCAAGUGGCAAAGGAGAAGAACACAGUGCGAUGAAAGCCCCCACUGGAGGAGGAGUGCCGGAAAAGGCACAGGCCAAGCUCAGAAAGCACUGCGGAACCCCAGACCUGCAACCAACACGGCUGGCAGCCCUAUGGUCCUCGAGCUCUGAGACCAGACUGACCGAGGAGCGCACCUGCGACGCCUCUGCUGCGGUGCCACGGACACGCAAGGGGACCAGAUCUAUGCAGAGUCAGCCAGCAAAGAGCAAUGCGGGGCUCCCCAGGCGGGGGACGUCCUGCCCACGCUGAGCAGGGCAUGGGGUGCCCAGGAGAAGCAGAGCUCCACCCAAGGCUGAAAGCAGGUGCGCGAUUCCUAUCUGUGCCAUUUCUGAACCCUUCUUUGGUUUUGGCUCACAGUCUGCUUUCUGACGCACUUCUUGCCAUAAGACUCUGACUCAUCUAGGAGAUGAGAGGUGGGUGUGGCAACAAACAUCACUUGGUGGGCAAUUUUACAUUGGAAAGCAUUUCUUUGGAGCUGUUUGCCUUCGGAAGAGAUUGCUCAGGAGUGUUUACUGGCGCAAGA